CGAUGGGCACUGGCAUCGGGACUGUUGCUGCGACGCCAAGGCCAGCCGUGGGGGUCGGGCGGGGGAGGCGUCGGCCGCACAGAACCAUAUACCAGACUCGGGGUACUCUUAAUAUAUUUCUCACUCCCCCAACUUGGUUCCUGUCACUCGGGCUCUGUUAUGAGGGGCCACAACCGUCUCCCCUCAGAAGCCCAUGGCGAAUUGUGGAUGAUUGCGGAGGAGCCUUCACUAUGGGUGUCAUCGGUGGUGGAGUCUUCCAGGCCAUCAAGGGUUUCCGCAAUGCCCCUGUUGGAAUUCGGCACCGGUUGAGAGGUAGUGCCAACGCUGUGAGGAUCCGAGCCCCCCAGAUUGGAGGUAGCUUUGCAGUGUGGGGGGGCCUGUUCUCCACCAUCGACUGUGGCCUGGUACGGCUUCGGGGCAAGGAGGAUCCCUGGAACUCUAUCACCAGUGGAGCAUUGACCGGGGCUGUGCUGGCUGCCCGCAGUGGUCCAUUGGCAAUGAUGGGCUCAGCGAUGAUGGGGGGCAUCUUGUUGGCCCUCAUUGAGGGUGUUGGCAUCCUCCUCACUCGCUACACUGCCCAGCAGUUCCGAAAUGCACCCCCGUUCCUGGAGGACCCCAGCCAGCUGCCCCCUAAGGAUGGCACCCCAGCCCCAGGCUAUCCCAGCUAUCAGAAGUACCACUGAGGAAGCCCCUGCCACCAUGGGAGCUGCUUCUUGGUUCCCUCCCCGAUGAUCUACCUCGAAGGGAGGGCUGGCUCCCAGUUAGCCCUGGGACCCUCUAGAGAGGGCUUCUACUCUGUUCCUUAGUCCCAGGGUGGGGGUGGGGCACACCAGCUGUCCUGACAGAUGGGUCCC